AUGAUCAUUAUAGUUCUAACGGCAUUCCUUUGCAUCCUGGGAAGUGCAUUAGCUUCUGUUGAAGAAGCUGAGGCUCUUCUUAAAUGGAAAGCAAGUUUUCAGAACCCGGAUAAUCCCCUGCCAUCUUCAUGGAAUCUUCCGCCAAAUGCUGCGAAUUCUUCUCAUUCUCGAAAAGAAAUCGCCAGCCCCUGCGUUUGGUAUGGUGUCUCUUGCAUUCAUGGAAGUGUCAACCGGUUGAACCUCACAAACUCAAGUAUCAAUGGUACUCUCUACAACUUUCCGUUUUCAUCCCUCCCAAAUCUUGAAUAUGUUGAUCUGACCCUGAAUGAUCUUUCUGGGACCAUACCACCUCAGAUAGGUAACCUCUCCAAGCUCUUGUAUCUUGACUUGCAGCGCAAUCUAUUUUCAAAUACUAUCCCACGCGAGAUUGGCCGAUUGAAAAAUCUCCAAACCCUUCAUUUAAAUGCCAACGAGUUAAAUGGCUCAAUUCCUGAGGAGAUAGGGCAAUUAAGGUCUCUAAGUGAUCUGGCUUUGGCCACUAGCAAUCUUGAUGGCCCUAUUCCUGCUUCCUUGGGCAAUUUAAAAAACUUGACUUAUUUGUAUUUCUAUGAUAAUCUGCUUUCUGGCCCUAUUCCUCCUGAAUUAGGACAUCUUUACAAUCUUGUUGACCUUUACAUGUACGGAAACCAGUUAUCAGGUCCUAUUCCACCCUCCUUUGGAAACUUGAACAAACUAGAGGUCAUGCAUCUUUACAGCAAUAAACUCACUGGUCUCAUUCCUCCUGAGAUAGGGAAUCUAACAUCACUGCAUAGUCUGAGUUUAUUCAAUAACAGUAUAAGCGGCUCAAUCCCACCAUCACUAGGCAAUCUAGCCAGUUUGACUCUCCUGCACUUAUAUGGCAAUCAACUCUCUGGUUCAAUUCCCAAGGAGUUGGGCAAUCUGAAACUUCUCGAGGAUCUAGAAUUUGCCGAUAAUCUGCUAAGUGCUUCCGUUCCUGCUACACUAGGUAACUUGAGUAACUUGCAGUAUUUGUAUCUCCGCAUGAACCAUCUUUCUGGUCCUAUUCCCCAAGAGCUUGGAAACUUGACAAAGUUACUUCAUCUGAUCAUGGGAGAAAAUCAUUUCUCUGGUCACUUGCCCGAUCAGCUAUGUCAAAGUGGAGUGCUUCGCAACUUCACUGUAAAUGACAACAUGCUUACAGGUCCAAUUCCUAGAGGCUUGAAGAACUGCUCAAGUUUGCGUAGAGCUGCCUUCGGUGGAAACCAGCUCGGUGGAAACCUCUCGGGGAUACUGAUCAUGUUUGGGUUCUAUCCACACUUGGACCACUUGGAUCUUAGCAACAACUUUUUCUAUGGCGACCUCUCUAUGUUUUCUGUUAUUUGA